GUAGGUAGUUAUAUGAACCAACUACAUAACUGCUCUUUUAUUUUUUAUGUAUCAUCUGCUUUCAAAUGUAACCUAACGUUAUAUAAAUCAGGUUAUCUAUUAAACUAAAGAAAAUACUGAGCUUAGCAUAUUUUUUUAUUAUAAAUACGCUGUAUGCAUUUGAUGAUACACUUGAUAUUCAUAUGUCAUGAGUGUUAGUCAAUAAAGAGUGUUGGAAGCUGACUUCGUGUAUUCCUGCGGAACCAAAGGGACUCCCACAAACGACACUGGCGCAGUCAAGUAGGAUUUCGUCACUGGUUCAUCGAAGGAACUUGUGAACCUGGUGGACCCCAGAUACUUCAGACGGAGACGAUCCUGAGCAACCACACCCGGAGACGAUCCCCGAGCAACCACACCCGGAGACGAUCCCGAGCACUCAAGGCCCUACAACCACACGGAAACACUGAGUCUCCGAUAUCUCUACGCACGCAGCAAAGGAAAUCAGGUGAAGAUCGAACUUUCAACCCACAAGGACCCGAUUCCGCCUAUGCCUUCAUCUAGGACGGGAGGAGUUAUAUGAACCAACUACAUAACUGCUCUUUUAUUUUUUAUGUAUCAUCUGCUUUCAUAAUGUAACUUAACGUUAUAUAAAUCAGGUUAUCUAUUGCACUAAAGAAAAUACUGAGCUUAGCAUAUUUUUUUAUUAUAAAUACGCUGUAUGCAUUUGAUGAUUCACUUGAUCUUCAUAUCUUAUGAAUGUUAGUCAAUAAAGAGUGUUGGAAGCUGACGUCGUGUAUUCCUGCGGAACCAAAGGGACUCCCACAAACGACAGUAGAGCUCAAGAAGUUAUGAUGCUUAAAUCUAGCAAGCACCCUUGUGUAACCUUGGCACUAAUAGCCUCCAUGCCGAAGGUAUUUGAAGCUGUACAGGAUAAGUGCAUCACGAAAGCUAACUGCAAGAAAGAUUCUAAAUCCUUUUAUAUAAGGUACAGUUUUGAUAGCUUACAAUGUCCAUCAUUAUAUGCAGAAGAUGACGAAAAAUCUGUCAAAAAGCCAGAACCGCUACCAGCCCUGAACGCGAUGGUUGCACACGGCAGAGUAGAGCUGUUAGCACACCCUCUAAGUCAAAAAUACCUGCAAAUGAAGUGGAACUCCUACGGAAAAUAUAUUCAUUUACUCAACGUCACAAUUUACAGCGUAUUUUUAGCCUUUAUUACAUGUUUUGCUGCUCAACUUAUGGAACAUCAAAAACCUAUCAGUAGGUUGAACAUCACCAACUUAUCCCACGAGGAAUACAUAGCAGUUAGUAAAGAGAACAUCCUGAACAUCGAAGUUAGCCAUGCCAUGUACGUCUGCGGCUUAGCGAUAAUCUUCUACCUAGCAGUCAAUUGCUUUCGUGAAGUGGUUCAAAUCUAUCAACAGAAGAUCAUGUACUUCAUGGAUCCGAUAAAUUUGGUCACGUGGCUUCUCUAUGCCUCAGCAUUGGUCAUGGUGGCACCAAUCUUUGGAAGCACGAUGUACGACUCUCAGUUCAGCUGUGCAUCGCUCACGGUGUUUCUGAGCUGGUUUAACCUUCUGCUGCUACUCCAGAGGUUCGACCAAGUGGGAAUCUACGUGGUGAUGUUCCUGGAGAUCUUGCAGACGCUGAUUAAGGUGCUGAUGGUGUUUUCAAUACUCAUCAUCGCAUUUGGACUUGCCUUUUAUAUUCUUCUGUCAAGGGGUGAACACCUAUCAUUCAAAACCAUACCUAUGUCGCUGAUACGAACCUUCUCGAUGAUGCUGGGUGAGAUAGACUUCCUGGGCACCUACGUUAAGCCUUUCUACAUGACAAAUGAAGAGGAAAAGGCCUUCCUGCCGUUUCCGCUUCCAGCUUUCUUCGUCCUCGGCCUGUUUAUGGUGUUGAUGCCUAUCCUACUCAUGAAUUUGCUCAUCGGCCUUGCUGUUGGUGAUAUCGAGUCAGUCAGGAGGAAUGCUCAGCUCAAGAGGUUAGCGAUGCAGGUUAUAUUGCAUACUGAGCUGGAACGGAAGUUACCACAAUUUUUACUGGAGAGAGUAGACAAGAUAGAAAUCAUAGAAUACCCUAAUGAUGCUAAGGCCAAGCUAGGCUUCAUAGACUCCAUCCUCAGGAAGUGGUUCGGAAAUCCCUUCUCUGAUGACGCUCUUGACAUGGUCAUGGACAAUGGCGAAGACUAUGUAGUUACAGAACUGGGGAAGGCCAAAAAUAAGUUGAAAGAGAUAACUCAUACCCUGGAGGUUCAGCAACAGCUCCUGAGACUCAUAGUACAGAAAAUGGAAAUCAAGACUGAGGCAGAUGACGUAGACGAAGGAGUUUCUCCAAGCAAUAUGAAUCAACAUGGAACCUCAAGUAAAUGGACCUCGCCGAAAAUCAGAAAAAAACUAAGAUCCGUUCUGAGUUUCAGUAAUAGGAGUCACUAGAGUAAAUAACGUCAUUUUAUAUCGAGCAUGAGAAGCUGGAAUAUUUUUGAGAGAUUUUUACAUGAUGUACUUAGAAUUAUUGGAUGUUGGAAUUGUCAUAUAGUUUAUAGAAGUCCUUAUUGGAACCUAUGUCUCACAUGUACUUAAUUGUAAUAUUUCAUAGUCACAAAUUAAUAAGAAUGGGUACAUGUUGAGAUUGAGAAAAUCAACUUUGGUUGUGUGUAAAAAUAUCCUAGACUGUGACGUGGCGUUAUAAGUAGGCGGGCUAAUGUGAAAUAUCACACCUGUAUAUUUUUGAAUUUAACCAAUACCAGAUUUUUCUUUCGGUUAGCUCUCCAACUAUUCUAAGUGUCUCUUUGUGACAAAAAGUCAUAUACAAAGGUAUAGGGUGUAAUACAAAGUUUUCCAAUAAAUAUGUAUGUUUUUAG